GUUUCAGUCUUUAGUAGCCUCCCUCCCCUCCUCCCCUCUUUCUGUCUGUGGUAUCGCCUGAUGAAUCCCAACAUCCGUGUCUAGCCUACCAUCUCUUAACUUCGGUUCCUCACUCCGUCCUCUUCUCUUCUCUUACCAAUUCAGGUCCACGGUUCGGAUUUUCUUGUGGUCCUAAUCCACUCGAAGUUCAUCCAAACUCAUCAAUUUUAAUCACAUUCUUCUCUUUCGGCAGGUCGACGCCUGACAUAUCAACCAAAAAUGAGUGUGCUGUUUUCCAAGACCCUUCCGGAGACUACGCAGGUGCUAGAAGGCAGCGGUGAGAGGCUGGAGGUGGAGAUCAGCAAUCCCGCAGAAGUAGCCAGCAUCUUAUGGAAACAUUGCACCGCUGACGAAGAAGGCGAGUACGGAGACGAGGUUGAUAUCAAGUUCGAUGGCGUCCGAAUCUCACAAGAAGACUCUGCGGACUCCGGCACAUACGCGAUCGUCUUUCAGGAGCUCGUCAUGGCUGAUGACGGAAAAUAUAUUUGUAUUGCCAAGGACAAGAAAGGAGAGGAAUCAAGAGUCGAAGGCGAUCUUGUUAUCGAGCCUCUUCCUGAUACAGCACGUAAUCUAAUCAAGAAGAAGGAGCACAAAGCUUAAUUUAAGCCCUUUAGGAUCACUAAGUUUAUGCCAUCAGUCACUUUUAAACGACGCCCUUUUUUCUGCGUCAAAAUGGGGUCGGCUUAAUUUUCACUUUGUAUGGUAAUGACUCUUUCGCUUGCAUAAAGUGAGAGAGCUGGUUUCAGAGGCAAUAUUCCAAACACGAACAAAUUUUCCGUUCUAUAUGUUUCGUGCCACAAACUUACCAAUCGUUAAAUCACAAAGUGGAAAUUGAAGUCAUCAAAAUAAUACAACAAAAGGGUUAAUUUAUUUCCAUAAAAUAUUGUAUAAUCGUGCAAUUGGUGUUAUCUGUGACGAUUUUGAGGGAUAAGGCAGAAAGUUUAUUUAAAACCCGUUUCGAGGAGUGGAGUACUGCAUUAAGAUAUGAAUGAUAUUUUAUUCUAUUUUAUUGCAUUCGCUUUUUCUUGAGGUGAAUUAUGAAGAGCUCAUAAAGUUUAUUGUACACUAUUUAAAAAACUAUCAUUUCUGAAGUUUGGUUAUAAACUUGAUUUUUUUAUUGGGGGGGGGGGGGGGUUGACAUUUAGGUUUUGAGAGUUUUUGUUUCUGAAGCUUCUCUGGCUUAUUUAUAUAAAAUAAAAGGAAACAAGUUGAUGGAGAUAAGAAAAUAUGUAUAGUAUUAACUUUUCUACUUCGGGUUGUAAAACUAAAAGUUGAGCUUAAUAUUUGGAAUGAAGACUUAAGGCAAAAGAAUGUCUUCCAGAAUAUCAGGAUUUCAGUAAAACACUACUCAGCUGUUUCAUCUAUUUGUAAUUGUUAUAUGAAUAUUUCUAUUCAAUGUUUUCAGCAAAGUGUCGUAGUGUGUGCAAAUUGCAAAUCAUUUCGUUGGCUAUAUAGCAUGUGUUUUGUAAAUCUUUAAAUUGUCUCUUCUUAAUUCCUUAACGUAAGAAUAUUCUUAUGUUUAGGGGUACUUUUUACCCAUGGUAGAAAUACACCGGACAUUGUUCAGUAAGCUUCAAGUCCUAAGCGUUCUUGAAUUCAUAUUUCCGACUGAAAGUGGUGAUUUUUACAUCUUUACAAAUUACAAAAUCACAACUUACAGCUAUAUACACAGCACUUGAGAUAGAAAUAUUUUAUAUGUUAUAUACAUUUAUUUCUGUCACACGAAACGCGAUAAAUAUUUAUUGCAAAAAUGAAAUGAGUUAUAUUGAUAUACGGUUCUGACACACUAUGUUGACCGACAAACUACCAGCAAAACUGCCUGACUUUGAUUUACUUUCAAUUCAUGUAUUUUGUUUUAUGUGCCCAGCAGUCAAGCUGUAUCAAUUUUCCUUUUAAGUGAGCAAAAAUUUGUUGUAAUUCAACAUACCUUUAGAAUGUAGUAUCUCGAUUCCCCACGUCACUAAAUGAUAGUCGAUACAAUUUUGGAGUGUGCAUUAUAUAAGAAAUCGAUACAUCACAAUAAACAAGAGAUAUCUGCUAAUUUAUUUUCAAUAUGAUCAUUAUUUGUCUAUUUAUUCAAAAUUAGUUAAAACAUGUUUUGUAUGAAAUACCCAAAGGAUGGAAAACAACUUUGUAAAUGAAUACAACACUCUCAAGUGACCAUGUCUCGCACGUUAUCAUAAACGGUAGUAUCACACUAGGAUACUAGAGACAAGAGAAGAGAGCAAAAAUAUUCCAAUGUUUGUGUCCCAUGCAGCAACUUUUAGAUAGUUAUCUUCACUAUUUAAUAAACAGACCAUGCGUCAUUUAUGUAUAUA